AUGACCAGUAGUAAGUAUCCAUUACUGCUUGCCGUCCAGAUUGGUAUGUUGGCAACCGAUCUCGCUUUCAAUGCCGCUUCAGUGCUGCUCUUCGGCAACAGUAUCGUCCUUCUGAUGAUGUAUAUACUACAAGAUACACUCAUUCUCUUGUCGGUGAUCGUUUUGAUAAUCACCUUCUCGUCGACGUUCGUUUUUCAAGCUGGUCUUAUCUUUUUGCUAUUCCGGCGAUUCGCCUCUACUCUGAUCGCAGCAUUUGUUUAUUUGGCUGCUUCCAUUUCUCUUCACUACGUUACACUGGUAAGUCCUUUUUUUGAGUUGUUUUAA